AUUCAGCAGAAAUUCUCAAGGACGAUUUAAAAAUUGUGUUCAUACCUAAAACAUUACACGAACAUUUUGAAUGUGUCGUAGGAAAACACGUUUUUAUAGAUAAACCGUGGACCAAGAUAUCUCGUAAAAAAAUUAUUGAUAAUUUGCAGUCACAAAAUAUGACCUCAUGUUUUUGGAAAUUUCAAAAGGAAAUUGAAGGUAUUACAAACGAUUAUGUUUUAGUUGGAUAUAAACCCUUUAGUAGUACAGAUGAGGAAUUUUUAAUAUGUACCACGUAUAAAGCAAAACAUUGUAUCGAAGAAACACAAGUACAAAAUAAUAUAGGAGGUGAACUUAAAAAAAAAGUUGAGCGGUCAAUGUGUCGUGUACCAGGUCCUUGGGACUCCAAAAGCAGCGACAAAGAUAUCGAAGAAAUAAAAUCAGUACAAACACGUGAAAAGAUAACAUACAAAUGGAAACUUCCAGCUGGGAGACUUCAAGCUGAAGCAGAAUUUGAGGACUCGAAUUCAAAAUCUGUAAAAAAUGAAUAUGUAAAAUUAGAACCACGGCUAAAAGAAAUCUUCAAAAGUAGUGAUGCUUUAACAAUGGAAUCAAGUGUUCAAGCUGUCAGAAAAAUGAUCAACACAGAAAUGCAGACAAUUCCAAGAAUCAAAUAUAAUAAAUGUAUUCAAUCAGUUGCCGUCGAAGAGGAAAUGUUUCAGUUACAACCUUUAAAUACAUCAGAAAAAGCUCUUGAUGAUUUUUUAAACAAACAUGUUCCUAAGUAAAUAUUUUAAUCUAUAUAAAAAUCAGGGAUGGGCAAGAUACU